AUGUUAUUGUGGGCCAUCUAACUGUCCUUAGGGCAAACAGAGGACCCUUCUGUUCCCCCUCACCUCCUCCUUUUGAUAUUUUGGGGCCCUUUGAAUUGCACAGCGUCUGGACCGUACCAAGUGUAUCGAUGAAACGGGGGGUCCGCUGGUUGAUCUAGCAGUUGGACAGCUCCUGGCUGUGUGACCAUGCACCUGGGGUUCGAGGCUCCUAAACACCAUCUUUUUCUAGGUGCUCACUCACACCCGCCUUAAUUAUUCAGAAAGGAGGUAAAAGAACGCGUUCUAAGCCGCAUAGCAAGGUCACUUGACUUCUAUUUUUCAAUCGAUAGAUAACAGCGACGUAUUCGACUGUAAGGAAGACCCCGCAGGAGCUGGAAAUCAGCAGCAUCCCGCAGGGAUUCGCUCCAUUGUCUCUCGGUUGGGUUUGGAUUUUUGGGUCUCCAUGUAAAAAUGUCUCAUGUGACCAAGUUGUUGUUACCAGUCCUGUGUAGCAUCACCAUCACCUGCAGAGCUGCGUCCUCAGUUAACCGAAGGUGUGAGGACAGUUUGGCCACACCUCUUCCGUACAGCUCCUUCACCAGCUCAUCAGUUUAUGCUCGAGAUUAUGGGGCUGGUUAUGCCAAGCUUAAUCGGAAACAAGGUGCUGGAGGCUGGUCGCCUUCGGACUCAGACCGUUACCGAUGGUUACAGGUCGAUUUGGGUGCCAGAAAACAGCUUGUUGCCAUAGCAACUCAGGGCCGCUACAGUAGCUCCGACUGGACCAGCAAAUAUCAGCUACUUUAUAGUGAUACGCAGACGAACUGGAGGCCUUAUUUACAGGAUGGAAACAUCUGGAACUUUGACGGCAACGUGAACAGCGAUGGAGUGAUUCGUUAUCAGCUGCAGCAUAUCAUCCUGGCCCGUUACGUCCGCUUUGUCCCAUUGGACAAGAGCAAGGAGGGUCGCGUCGGACUCCGUCUGGAACUGUAUGGCUGCUCAUACUGGGCUGAUGUGAUCGGUUUUGAUGGCCAUGGAAUCCUGUCCUACCGCUUUAGGAGUAAAAAGAUGAAGAUUUUAAAGGAUGUCAUUGCUCUGAAGUUUAGAACCACAGCUCGAGAUGGAGUGUUGCUCCACGGGGAGGGACAACAAGGAGACUAUGUUUCUCUGGAGCUUCGAAGGGCGAGACUUCAGCUCAGUAUGAAUCUUGGCAGUAACCAGUACGGCUCUAUCCAAGGCCACACAUCCGUGACCAGUGGGAGCUUACUUGACGACGACCACUGGCACUCAGUUGUCAUAGAGCGAUACCGAAGGAAUGUCAACUUUACUCUGGAUCACCAUGUUCAUCACUUCAGGACCAAUGGAGAGUUUGCUCAUCUCGACCUUGACUAUGAGAUUAGCUUCGGGGGUCUACCUCUAUCAGCAAAGUCAAGCUCGGGAGGUCGAGAGAAUUUUGUGGGCUGCAUGGAGGGGAUUACCUACAAUGGCGACAACAUUACGCACUUGGUCCGCAGGGGGAAAGUGGACACGUCCAGCUUUCGCAACUUCACGUUUUCCUGUGCUGAGUCCAACACCUUCCCUGUCUUCUUCAACUCCACAUCCUUCCUGCUCCUGCCUGGUCAGACUGACAGUGACACACUGUCUGUCAGUCUGUCUUUCAGGACAUGGAAUCCAAAUGGACUGCUGAUGUUCACCGCACUAGCUGAUGGCUGGGUGGAGGUGGGACUGACCGAGGGCAAGAUUGUCGUAUAUAUGAACGUGACACAAAAAAAGAACACGCAUAUUGACAUCUCAUCAGGCUCCGGCCUGAAUGAUGGCCAGUGGCACAGUGUCCAUCUGAAUGCUUUGGAGAACUAUGCAAUGCUAACAGUAGAUGGAGACGAGGCAUCCACAGUCAGAACUGCCAUUCCAGUACAGAUCAUGACGGGCGGAACAUACUACUUCGGAGGUUACUUCCCACAUACAACCACUCACACACAUCAGCGCCCCUUCCAGGGCUGCAUGCAGUUGAUCCACAUCGAUGACCAUCUAGCUGACCUCAAGGCCGUGGAACAAGGUCUCAUUGGAACCUUUGAAAAUGUCAGCCUGGAUAUGUGCGCCAUCAUUGACAGGUGUGUCCCCAACCACUGUGAGCACGGAUCCCGUUGUUCUCAAACAUGGGAUACAUUCAGCUGCAACUGUAGUGGCACUGGAUACGCUGGGGCAACUUGCCAUGCCUCCAAGUUCCAGCAGUCCUGUGAAGACUAUAAGCACCAGGGUAGAGGCACUGGGAGUUACUGGAUCGACCCUGAUGGCAGUGGUGCUAUAGAGCCUUUCAGAGUUAUGUGUGACAUGACAGAAGAAAAGGUUUGGACCGUAGUGAAGAACAACCUUACACCUCAGACAUCAGUCAUGACUGCUAAUCCAGAAGAGAAGGCAGUACUGCAGAUCACUUACAAUGUAACAGAUCAGCAGUUGUUUUCAGUCACCAGCAGUGCGGAAAAGUGCGAACAACAUCUUGCCUAUGCCUGCCGAAUGUCCCGUCUACUCAACACUCCAGGCAGUGAACCGUUUACCUGGUGGUUAGGACGAGCCAAUGAAAGACAUUUCUAUUGGGGAGGUUCGGGUCCAGGGAUACAGAAGUGUGCAUGUGGAAUUGAGCACAACUGCACUAACCCCAAACACUUUUGCAAUUGUGACGCCGAUCAGCGCUCCUGGAAAGAAGAUGCGGGCCUGUUGGUGUAUAAGGACCACUUGCCAGUCCGGCAGGUUGUGGUUGGUGAUACAGGCAGAGCUGGAUCUGAGGCUAAGCUGACAGUGGGGCCGCUCAGAUGUCAGGGGGACCGAAAAUACUGGAAUGCCGCAUCCUUCACAAGUCCAGCUUCCUUCCUCCACUUCUCUUCCAUCAGAGGAGAAACCAGCACUGACAUCUCCUUUUACUUUAAGACUUCCUCCAGCCAUGGGGUUUUCCUUGACAACUCGGGAACGUCGGACUUCCUUCACAUUGAACUAAGAGGAGCCUCCUGGGUGUCUUUCUCCUUCGAUGUGGGCAGUGAGCGAAUGGAGAUUCUUGUGCACUCUGCGGUGCCUUUAAAUGACGGCCAGUGGCAUCGCGUGGAGGCCGAGAAGAACAUCAAGGAGGCGGUGCUGCAGCUUGAUGGACAGCACCGAGAGAUCAGACUCACAGCUCCACAGGGGCACACAAAACUGGAGUUCUACAGCGACCUUUACCUUGGUGCCUCGGGAGGUCAGAGGGGAUUCCUGGGUUGCAUGCGAGCUCUGACGAUAAAUGGAUUGACCUAUGACUUGGAGGAAAAGGCUAAGCUGACUUCAGGGGUAAAUCCAGGCUGCCAGGGUCACUGCAGCAGCUACGGGAUGGACUGCAAGAACGGAGGAAAGUGCGUGGAGCAGUACAACAGAUACUCUUGUGACUGCUCACUCACGGCAUUUGAUGGACCUUUCUGUACCGAGGAUGUGGGCGCCUACUUUGAAACCGGAACCCUGGUGCGCUACGACUUCCUGCCAGAGGCAACCUACUUUGUGGUCCAGGAGGGAAAAAGCUUUUCGGACGUCGCCGUUCCUGUUGAGGCCAACCUGACUCAGGAGGAGCUUAGUUUCAGCUUUAGCACUUCCAGUGCUCCAAGCAUCCUGGUCUACAUCAGUUCCAGGACACAGGACUACCUGGCUGUGGUGCUCAGGGUUAAUGGAACGCUCCAGAUCCGCUACCGAUUGGGAGGGCUGAACGAACCUUUCACUAUCGAUAUUGACCAUCGUAACAUGGCCAACGGGCAGCCUCACACUGUCAACAUAAGCAGACACUUUCGGGAGAUACGAUUACAGGUGGACCAUUACCCAGUGUCCACUCACAUAUUACCCGAGGCCUCGGAUACAGAAUUCAACUUGAUCAAAAGUUUGUUUCUUGGAAAGGUUUUUGAAACAGGACAAAUUGACCCCAUCUUGAUUGAGCGCUACAACACGCCAGGCUUUGUGGGCUGCCUGUCAAGGGUUCAACUGAACAGUGUGGCGCCACUCAAAGCCGCCCUGCGUUCUGGCCAGGCGGCACCCGUCAGCACCCACGGGAUUCUGGUUCCGUCCAAUUGUGGAGCCUCCCCACUGACCAUCUCCCCCUUGGCAGCAAAUGACCCCUGGCACGUCGAAACCGGCGGAGCCGUUUUCCCUUUCAGUGAGGAAUCAUCAAGCAGUAAUGGUGUCAAUCGCAACUCUGCAGUCAUUGGAGGCAUCAUCGCUAUGGUCAUCUUUGCAGUUUUGUGCAUCAUGGUGUUUGUCAUCCGCCACAUGUUCCAACACAAAGGCUCCUACCAUACCAACGAGGCUAAGGGUGCCGAGUCAGCGGACUGUGCCGACGCGGCUAUCAUCGUCAACGACCCUGCCUUCACCGAAACCAUCGACGAGAGCAAGAAGGAAUGGUUCAUCUGAGCCCCCCAGCCACCCACUCAGCAACCACAAGAAAAUAGACUCAAGACCGUAGGAUGUACUGUAUGGUAGUUUUAAGCAUAGCGAGAAAUAGUGGAACUCGGACGGCUUGUUUGAAGGUGUUUGUAUGAACACUUUAUGGACAAUGGGACAUCAGCACAUUCUGUCAGAUGGUAGAGCAUGUGUGAGAAUGGUGGGCAGUUUAUUUUAAUGAUCAAAAGACAGAGAAUGGCAUAAACGGACGUGUGAAUGAUGAGAAGUGUAGCUUAAUUUAUUCAUAUUUAAGUUCUAUUUCAUUUAUUUGCCUUCUUGCAAUAACAAUUACGGAAAGAUGGCAGCGGAGACAUGUACAGAAAGCUGCUGCUUUGUGCCAACUAAUAUUCCUGCACAUCACUAGCUAUGAUAAUUUGUCAUAAUCCUGUUUUAUUUUAUAUGUAAGAAUGAAAUCUCAGCACGCAUGUAUAAAAGGAAAGUGAUGCUUUUUAUUUAUUUUGUGCCUGCACAACUUCAAGUGUCUCUUAAAUGAAUAAACUGCACUGAUUUUUUUUCAUUUUUUGGCUGCCAAAACCAGGUGCGGGCAUCACUCGAAUCCCAUCACUUAACACUUUAAUUUAAUAUGAUAACCGGAAAAAUGUAGUAAAACUCAAGGUUAGUGAAUUAGUUAAAUUAGUUUAGCCGUUGAAAACAGCUGCAUUCCAAUGGACUGGACUUUUAAAGGUAAAUUCCAUUUAAAACCCUUUUACUUUUCAUGUCUGGUUAAGAAUGUUGCUUUCAAUAACUGUGGCUUACUCACACACUGACAUUUGAUUGUAUCCCAUUUCUUUGCAUUGCAAUGUAAUGGCAUGACAUUUCUUGUUUGAUGGAAAAAAAAAAAAUUGCCUGAUU